AAAAGCUCAAGGGUAUAUUGGUAAUUUAACGAAAUAAAAUACAAUUAAUUCAAAGAAACCAACCAAGCUUACUGUUAGAAUAAAAAAUGACAAUUUUCGUAGAGGACCACUCCUUUUAUAGUCCACAUUCUUACUUUUCAACCAUCUUCAAACUUCAAACCUUAUCCGGCAACCAAAUAUGGGCGGCCGGAAAGAUGUCGUUUCUGAAACUUCCGGUCUCCAUUUUCCGUUAAUUGAAUCAGUCGACAAACCCAAAACAAACAGAUUUUCUUUUCUAUGUGCAAUCAUCGCUUCCAUGUCUUCCGUCUUGCUAGAUAUCGGUGUAAUGAGUGGGGCGGCGAUCUACAUUCAAGAAGAUUUCGAGAUUUCUGAUGUGAAAGUGGAAAUCCUGGUCGGAAUCAUCAGUCUCUACGCAACUAUUGGAGCCGCCGCCGCCGGCAGAACCUCCGAUUGGAUCGGCCGCCGCUACACCAUGGCUCUUGCCGCCGUAUUCUUCCUCGUCGGAGCCAUACUCAUGGGGUUCGCCCCUAACUACGGCCUCCUCAUGGCCGGCAGAUUCGUUGCCGGAAUCGGUAUUGGAUACGCUUCGGUUAUUGCCUCUGUUUACACCGCCGAGGUUUCUCCGGCAUCCUCCCGCGGCUGCCUUUCUUCUUUUCCAGAGGUGUUUCUUAAUGUUGGUAUCUUACUCGGAUACGUUUCGAAUUACGCAUUCUCCAAGCUUCCAAUUCGAUUAGGAUGGCGAUUUAUGCUUGGAAUCGGAUUAAUUCCGUCGGUGUUCUUAGUCGCCGUUGUGAUUCUCGUAAUGCCAGAAUCUCCACGGUGGCUUGUAAUGCAAGGCCGUCUCGGCGAAGCCAAACAAGUCCUCAUUAGAACCUCAGAUUCCAUCGAAGAAUCUGUACAACGCCUCGCCGAAAUCAAGAAUGCCGUCGGAAUUUCAGCGAGUUGCAAAGAUGACGUCAUUCAAAUCCCAAAACAGAUCACCCACGGCAGUGGCGUAUGGAAAGAGCUCUUCCUUCACCCAACGCCAGCCGUCCGCCACAUCUUGAUAACCGUCCUCGGCGUGCAUUUCUUCCAGGAAGCCUCCGGUAUGAAUGCCGUCGUUUUAUACAGCCCUAGAAUCUUCGAGAAGGCUGGAAUCUCAUCCUCCGACCAUAAGCUUCUCGCUACGGUGGCCGUUGGCAUCACAAAAACUGUCUUCAUCUUGGUUGCCACCGUCCUCUUCGACCGAGUCGGACGACGGCCAUUGAUUCUGACAAGCAUCGGCGGAAUGAUAAUAUCCCUAACGACAUUAGGGGUUGGGUUGAAGAUUAUAGCGCGGUCGCACGAGUAUGGCACGUGGCUGGUGGGAUUUUGCGUAGCUAUGGUGUUAACUGACGUGGCAUUUUUCUCGAUGGGUAUUGGGCCAAUGAGUUACGUCAGCUCAGAGUUAUUUCCAUUGAAGCUACGUGCUCAAGGGGUGAGUGUGGGGAUGAUCUUAAAUAAUGUGACGGGUGGAAUUGUGUCAAUGACAUUUUUGUCCCUGUACCGUGCGAUUACGAUUAGCGGUGCGUUUUUUCUCUAUGCUGGCAUUGCAACGGUAGGUUGGGUGUUCUUUUAUGUGGUCUUUCCGGAAACACGUGGGAAGAAUUUGGAGCAUGUUGAGAGGCUUUUUGGUAAUUUGCUGUGGAAAUUCUCUGUUAAGAAGGCUGAUAUAUUAGAUGACGUGGAAAAUAGUGGAAAUGCUUAGGAUUUAAGGGUUUUUUUUAAAAAAAUUAUUUUUCCUAAAUACCAAAUUUACAGUUUAUUUAAAUGUUUUGAUUUAUGCUUCUGUCUAAUAUUUGUAAUGUUGUAUCACAAACUAAUUGUGUCUCAUAAUAUAUUUCAACCUGUUAUGUAAUAAAGAAAUAGAAUCUUAUUUAAAUUGAUACAAAAAAUAUGAAGACUAAA